AUGAAUUUCGCACAAGAACUAGCGCUCCUAUAUCCGGGCCGCUCCUCACAAAUAUCUACACUUAUUGAACUUAUUGGACAGCCAACAGACGCCUCACCACCGGUGAUAUUUGUCUAUGGACAUUCUUCUCUCGGAAAGACAACCAUAAUAAAGCAUAUCUUUACUCAAUUACUAUCUGCGACUCACUAUGCCUUCAUAAAUUGUGUUGAAUGCCAUACUGAAAGCCUGCUCUUCGAACACGCUCUAAACCAAUUCGCUGGUAUCACGCCAAGUUUUGAGAAUAAUUUCUGUAACUGGGUCAAAUGUGGAGAUGUCAAUGAAUUUAUCGUGAGAUUGCGUGAAUGUUGGACAGAUGAUAAUGCUAGAUAUUUGAUACUGGAUAGGGCCGAAAGAUUAAGAGACAUGUCACCGACUUUGUUACCAGCGUUAAUGAAUUUGCCCGCAUUGAGCUGUAAAGAUUUGAAAGAAUUACGAUAUUUGGCCAGUUUACUGUUUCCAAUAUAUUUAUUACCAGUCAAGGAGGGAACUAUGAACCGUUCCGAACAUGGUAAAUUGGCAAAGAACAUUCAGCAAUACUUUAAAUUGGCAAUGGAUAAGCUCUACCUGAGAGACAUAUCGAGUUCGGAAUGGAUAAAACACGCAUCCGAGAUCGAAAAUAAUCAGAAUGGCCAAUCGCUUACUUCGCGAAGGAUAGAAGUGCCCUAUUAUACUAAAUUUCUCCUAAUAGCUGCCUUCCUCGCCUCAUAUAAUCCGCCACGACUAGACCAAAGAUACUUUGUAAAGAGCAAUGAAGGUAGAGUAACAAAGAGAAAGAGGAAAAGCAAUAAAGCAGAGAAAUCUAAUGGGAAGCCAAGACAACAACUCUUAGGUCCAAAAUCAUUCCCAAUAGAGCGGAUGUUGGCAAUAUUUUAUAGCAUCUUACCAGAAAGGAUAGAAGGAACCGUUGACAUACAUAUGCAAGUCAAUAUCAUCCUUAAUAACCUUACGUUUACUAAUCCGAACAACGUCGACAAUAGAACGCUUAGAGACAGUAAAGUGUAA